UGAAAUCAGUCGCGCCGUGACCCCAGUCUCGUUUUCGAAUCAAAUAUGGCGUCGAAAAGUCUGUGCUGUAAAUAAGUUGAUGGUAUAUGAACAAUUGUAAUUAAUUCAUGCCUUGCACACGUUUCAAAGGUUCCGGAACAUAAUGAUGACAUAUUCUAAAAAGCAUACUUGAUCUGAAUGAGGAAAUAAUCUACCUACAACACGAGAAAGCCAACAGCAUCAUUAAAGAUAACCCAAGACAACAAAAGCAAAUAUAAGCUGACAGCAUCCAGAAAACUUCAUUUCUUACUAGACUGGACAAGUCUUGAAAACACCAUAAAUAGUUGCAACAGUUAUCUAGCAAAGGGACAAUAAAGACAAAUAAAACUGGAGAAAAAAGCAUUAACUGGGUAGUUUAAUGUCAAAUGUUGGAAUACAUGGCAGACCAAUAGCUUGAAUGAUUUUCGUAACUAGACAGACUUGGAAGCAAGGAUGGGAUUUACCCAAAAGAAAAAAAAUGAGUGCAAAGAGUGUUUUGUGAUGAAAAGUGGAUAUGUGUUGAUUGGAUUAAUGUGCCUUUUGCUGCCAGUUUGUGAAGGCAAUGGCAGCGCUACAUUUACAAACUUCUACUUCGCGAAGGAGCCCACAGAUGUGAUCGGCUUCAAGGGGGGCUCACUCCGUCUGCCCUGCUCUGUAAUUCACGCUAAUCGAGGUGCUCCAAUAAUCAACUGGUACAAAGAUGGCCAGCUGCUUGUGACAGGUUCCAGAGUUUCUAUAGAGAAGGACGGAAAUCUUCUGAUCUCAGACAUUGUGGAUAGGAAGUCUGAUGCAGGGAGUUACCACUGCAGCGCCACCUGGGAAGGGCAGAUCAUCCUCAGUAGGAAAUGCAAGGUUCUUAUUGCUGGCAUGGAACGUGGUUUUCUUGUGGAGCCGACAAAUGUGGAGGUAUAUCUGACAGACACAGCAAUGUUCCAGUGUGCAAUAGACUCUGUGCCUAGUGCUAACAUCACAUGGUAUAAAGAUGAUGCGUUGGUGACAGACCGCACAGGAAAGUUCCGCACCUAUCCGGAAGGGGUCCUGGAGGUGUCCGAUGUACAGUUCGGGGACUUUGGCACCUACUCCUGCCAGGCCGAGGGGGUCGAUAGGCCAAGGCGGAGUCAGGCCGUCAAACUGCUGCAGAAAAAAGCUGUUGUCGGGGACACCUUCGAAGGGUUUGCGCCCAACUUCACUCUGAAACCGCGGGACACGUCCGCCAUGGUGGGGUCAAAGGUCAUCCUGUUCUGUGGCGCGUAUGGGCUCGGCUCGGACAUGACAAAGCCCAAGAUCACCUGGCUGAAAAACGAACGCACCAUUGACCUAAACAAGGACGGCCGUGUGACAAUGAUAGGCGGGGGUAACCUGCAGAUUUUGGACGUCAAAUUUAGUAUGAAAGAAGGGGAGGAAUCGGAUGAUGCCACCUACAUGUGCAGAGCGGAGAACGACUUAGAUUCUAACGAUGCUGAGGCCAAACUUGAUGUUCUUGUUCCGCCAGUGUUCACGGUGACGCCACAGGAUCAGCUCGCCCACGAGAAGCAGGACAUUCAGAUCCUGUGUCAGGCCUCAGGACACCCCCGCCCCAGGGUGUCGUGGUACCGCAACGGGCACAGGAUCUCCAGCGAGAAUGAGGACUAUAUCAAGAUAGUGGAUGAGAACAGUCUUCGAAUCCUGGGAUUAAUGAUGCAAGAUUCAGGGUACUACCAAUGCUUUGCUGAGAAUUCAAUCGGGAGCAUACAGGCUACAAUGCAGCUGAAAGUCAUUCAAACAAAUUCUGGACUCUCCAACAAUCCGUCCAACCCAUCCAUUAUCUACCACGUGUAUCGCUCCGGUGCAAUGAGCGCCACCAACCCAGAAGAUAUUCCGUCUCCCCCAACGACACUAGCGGCGGCCAUUGUUGCCACGCGAUAUGUCACCCUGACCUGGGAACCUCCCACUAAAAAGGGUGCGAACGUGGAGUACAUGGUUAGAUGGCAGGAAACUGGGUCAGACAGGGAGAGGGUAGCCAACACGUCCCAGACGGAGAUGAACGUCUUGUUCCUCAAGCCCAAUGCCGAGUACACAUUCUGGGUGUCUGCCUUCAACCAGUAUGGGGUCACACAGGUGCCUGCCACUGUCAAGGUCAAAACACUAGAAGAAGAGGAUGUGCCGACAGAGCCUAUCAACGUGAGUGCCCUCCCCCUGACCCCUAAGAGCAUCAAGGUCACGUGGGGGGAGCCCCUGCAGACCAAGGGCAGACUACUCAACUACGCCAUCUACUAUUAUGUGGACGGCGAUACAGAAGAGGAACAGACGUCUAUUGACACCACCAAGAGGGAGCAUCUGUUCACAGACCUGCAGGAGUACCAGGAAUACACAUUCCGCGUCAUUGCCAACAACACCAACGGCAUAGGAGUCUCCUCCCCUGAGGUCACUGCAAGGACGUUCUCCGACGCUCCUUCUGAUGCGCCACAGAAUUUUACCAUUGAGACUGCAAGCUCUACAAGCCUUGUGGUAAGAUGGCAGGCCCCAAAAGAGGAACACCAGAACGGCAAAAUCACGGGCUACAAGAUACGUUACAAGAAGAAAGGGGCCAAGCAGGGGUCCACCGUUACCACGGCAGGGGAUCGCAUCCUGUACGCACUUACGGAUCUAAAGAAGGACACGCAGUACCAGGUUCGAAUCUCCGCCCAGACUGUCAAUGGUAGUGGACCACCCACGGACUGGCUCACUGGGAAAACAUAUGCUGAUGAUCUUGAUGAGACAGCAGUACCGGAAAUCCCGGACAGACUUGUGGUCCGGCCUGGUCCAAACUCCCUGCUCGUUCAGUGGGUUCCCAACAGACGGUCAAAGUACCUUGUGCGCGGCUACUACCUUGGCUAUGGGAAAGGGAUUGCCGAUGUGUAUAGACAGGUGUUUGAUGCGUCCACGUUUGAUUACACAAUUGAGAAUCUUCACCCGGCUUCCGAGUAUGUUGUCUCCAUCCGUGGUUACAACAAUGUGGGUGAGGGACCCCCAAGAUAUGACACUGUCUUCACCCUGGAAGAAACAGCCGAGGAGCUGGUCACCCCAAUGCUUCCCCCUAUUGGCCUGAAGGCUAUGGUGCUCUCGUAUGACUCGGUAGUGCUCACGUGGACUGAUAACUCACUGGGGAAAAUACAGAGGAUCACCGACAAUCGCUUCUAUACCAUCAGAUAUACGACCAUGCCAAGCCGAGGUCGUUACCGUUACGAGAACAGCACGGAGUUGGUGAAGCAUAUCAACGACCUGCGACCCGACACAACAUACGAGUUCAGUAUCAAGGUCACCAAGGGGCGGCGAAGAAGUACCUGGUCCAUGGCUGUCACAAACAAGACUAAUGAAAAUUCCCCAGGAACCAUGCCUAGGGACCUUACUCCAGUACCCGUGGAGGGCAACCCUCUGUCUGUGACCUUGAACUGGCAGCCACCACAGCGACCCAAUGGCCUGAUUACUGAGGAUGACCCAAUUGAAAGUUACCUAGUGUUCUACACGACAGACAACACAAAGGACGACCGAGACUGGGUGGUAGAGGGCGUCCUGGGAGAGAAGCUCUCCAUGACCAUCACUGACCUGACCCCCGACACGACAUACUACUUCAAAGUGCAGGCAAGAAAUAGCAAGGGCUACGGGCCCAUGUCUCAAACUAGAUUCUACAAAACUCCCAAAGGUUCAGCCAUAGUGGAUAUCAGGAAGACAGUCCCAGGUGGAGGUCCAGGCCUGGGACCUAGUGAGGUUACAAAUGAAGGUACUUCUGCUGAUGGUGGUGAUGACAAGAAGGGUGGGGUAGGGGGCCUGUCACAGAAUGUGAUGAUCAUCAUCAUUGCGUGUGUGGUGGGUGCCACCUUUUGUAUAGUGGUGGCAGUAAUCACAGUCUUCUUGUGCAGGCGAAGGGAACCGGCUGAUAGGAACAGAAUGACCAGUUUGUACAAGGGCUCGCCACAGAAGUCUAAGUCCCCCAAGCCCUCAGGCCCUUCUAUCGAGGGUCAGCCACCUGACCUCUGGAUAAAUCACGAUAAGCUGAGCAAGGAUGAUCGGGUCGAGUCUUCCAUCUCUGUAGCUUCCACCAGACGUAACUCACUGAGCAGCGUGCAUACAAACAUACCUGCAGACAUCUACACCCAGUCAGGCAGUGAGGCAGAGGAAAGACUGCUUCCCCCCAGCUAUAACCAGCUUCCCAACAGUCAACAACGCAACAUCAUCCGACCUAAACCUCUCAAGUUGUCAGUGGAUGCCCAGACACACAUCAGAGAGCCUGUGGCCACAGUAUCUGCCUACCCCAAUGGCAACAUCAUGGCCCGGUACACUUCGGGCACCAACAGACCGCCCAGUCCAGACGAGGACUCUGGUGUGAUCCCCAUGCGCCCGGUGUACCCACGAACCCAGUACCAGAUGCAAUACGCAGCACAGGGGCCGCCCAGGGUCAAUGCUGGGGACUUCUCUAAUACCUCAUAUCGUUUGGUUCCCUGCAUGGAAGAUGAUGAUCAUUGUCACCCAGAAGCUUACGAUGACUCACAAAUGCACAGAGUUGGCUAUGGUGGAUUCUCCACUCCCUCUCAUCACGGCUCGCUUACAAGGCGUCACAAAACACGCACUCCCAUCACUGGCAUUGCUAGCCCCGUUAAGCACAUGUCCUCUAAUGACGUCUCGAACUCUGAGACGCACCAUUGCCAACAGUUUCAUAUGGCAAUGGUUCAUUCGAAUUCUGGGACAUUAGGUCGUACCCGCUCACCCUUUAGGAGUUUUAGUGUUGAUGGCCCUACGGGCGGCAAGUCUAGCACACCUAAACAUAUAGUAAAGCCACAGCAGAUGGCAACCCCUUUCAAGAAGGUGCAUACAGCGCCACCUAUAGUUAGUGGACCAAUCAAACCUCGAGCAAUGAUGGCCCCCAUAGUGUCCCCUAAGUCUUCACCGGAUGUAUUGAAAUCAGGACACGAUGAGAAGGACAUUACAAAGGUUGGCCAUAAAUCACUGAGUACAGAGGAACUGACAGCAGAAAUGGCCAAUCUUGAGGGACUCAUGAAAGAUCUGAAUGCAAUCACACAGCAGGACUUUGAAUGCUAGUGUUGGGUUUCCAUGGUGAAUUUAUUUGUGCAAAAUAUUACUAGUACUUAACCAACCUAGUUCUGGUUUGCAUAGGUGAAAAAUGUUCUCUUUUCAUAAGGAUGGCAUAUUAAAUUCAAAAGGCUGAAUGGCUUGGUUAGUUAAUGUGUGCAAAUUAUUGAAAACACGUCUGAUUUCAGUGGUAGGUUGUUGUACAAUUACUUUGAAAACUAGUGCUAUUUUCCAUGGUGAUUAAUAGUGCACAGAAGAGGACUUUGAAAAUGAGUGCCUGUUACCAGUGUGUGAUAAUUAGUGCACACUAACCACAUGACUGUGAAUUCAAGCGCUGGUUUUCAUGUUGGUUAAGAGUGAAGGCCUAAGCUGCCAUUAGGGAUUUUUAGCAUGAUAAGAUGUUAGUUUGAAUUCUUUUAUUAUUGUAUGUUCACGCAUCGGGUCUUAAAAUUUUAGCGAUGGAUGCCAAGUUCAAUCAUUGUAUAUAGCUGCAUACAUUCAUACACAUGUUUCCAUGGACACUUUGAACAGCGCAGAAGCAGCAUCUCAAAUAUGAAUCAAAGACUGUGUGAAUGAAAAUAAGAUAUUAAACAAUUUGUCAUAUUUGUCAUUCCUGUACAUUCAAGGGAAUGAUUCAUGAAAAACAAAUGUUUUAAAUGUUCAUUGUUAUUUGAGUGAUCUUAAUAAGUUAAGAACAACUCCCAGAAAGAGCUAAUGUUUAGGAUAUAGCAAAACAGAUAUGGAACAUUCUGUUAUUUUGACAUUAAGUAGCAGGACUAGAAUCAUCAAAUUAUGAAGAUAUUUCAUAGCAUAAUUGAGAUCUCUUAUGGGACUGGUGUUGAUAAGAUUGGUAAAUUGUGGUGUAAGUUUGUUUACUCAAGCUGAGUUUUGUGUAGGAAAUUCACAGAUCGGAAUAGAAAAUGAAGCAAAGAAAGUUUAAUCCAUCUGGUAAAUGAACAGAUAAAUAACUGCAAACCGAGCGCAAAGGUUAUUACUACAAAAGGAGCACAAAGGUAAUGCCUCAAAAAGGCUUUGGUAACGAAACUUUGGUAGAAAUAUAUUUUACUAGAACUACCAAGGUUUUGUCUUAAAUGUGGGUAUGAAUAUGUGAGCAGUGGAUGACAAAUAUUCAGGUAAAUAAAUUGAACCCAAACCAUGAAAAUAGAGUCAGUUGAUUAAGGUACAUUUUUGGUUGUCCAUUCACACUAGAGAAAAUGGCUAAAUGAAUAAGAGCUACAAGACAGAGUUGACUGUGAAAUAGCAAUAUUAAAGUUUUGAUGAAAGCAAGAGAAGCCCAACAAUCGACUCCAGGGAAAGCAGUGCAACGUCUUCUAGAAACUGCAAGAAGUUUUGGACAAUUUUUGAAGGCUCGCUGAAGAUUGUUCGUUUGACUUAAUCAGAAAUCAAAAACAAUAAAAUAAACUAUGUUCUUCUAGAAAAUGUAUGUUAUUUAGAUGUAUAGCAUCAUUGUCAUAAACAGACAGUGCAAAAUCGUCAUGAUGUUUUACUGAAACAAACACCAGACUUAGAAGGCCUUUGAUUCGAUAAGCUUACUGGAUAGCAGAGAUAUUGUACCAAACUGGAAAAUUUUUAUAAGAGAUAUGGAAUGACUUUGGUUUAAGAGGUCCAGAGACUUUGCCAUAGCUUAUUUGCUGUUAUGUACAAAUACAGAGGGUCUGAUGUAUGUGUUGUAUGUCUUGGUAUUGGGGCAAUGAAUAUUUUAGGUAUUUAGUUUUAAACAAAGUGAUCAUCACUGCUGUUCCAUUUAUAUGUGUCUUUUUUAACCAGGUUUUCCGAAGGAAAAAACUGGUUAUUAGAUUGGCGAAUGCGGGCGGGCUGGCUGGCUGGCUGGCUGGCUGGCUGGCGGGCUGGCUGGCUGGCUGGCGGGCUGGCGGAACAAGCUUGUCCGGGCCAUAACUAUGUCGUUCAUUGUCAGAUUUUAAAAUCAUUUGGCACAUUUGUUCACCAUCAUUGGACGGUUUGUCGCGCGAAAUAAUUACGUCGAUAUCUCCAAGGUCAAGGUCACACUUUGAGUUCAAAGGUCAAAAAUGGCCAUAAAUGAGCUUGUCCUGGCCAUAACUAUGUCAUUCAUUGUGAGAUUUUAAAAUCAUUUGGCACAUUUGUUCACCAUCAUGGGACGGUGUGUCGCACGAAAGAAUCACGUCAAUAUCUCCAAUGUCAAGGUCGCCAGGACUAAAAAUAUAUUUUUUUUAAAAACAAACUUACAAAGGGGUUAAUUUUGUUUGUUCAUUUCAAAAGUUCAGUUUGAGUUUUCUCCCUUUAUCAGAUUUUUUUUUCACAAUGAAAACCUGGUUUUGUGACAAUUUUGUCCCUUGUUAACAUUUAUGUUGUUUAUUAUGUAUUUUUUUAAUAAAAAUUAUAAUCAUAAACUUGAUGAUUCUCACAAACAGUGACAUAUGUAUGUCUUAAAGCCAGUUGUUUCUUUAUUUUUGUUUUUAAUAUAAUAUUGUAAAACAUUUUCUUAAUUUAUAUAACUUGCCUGAGAAAUUUACUAGUUUCGUUUGUAUACAAAUUCAAAGUCAACUUCAAUAUUAUUUUUUGUAGUUUUUGUCUGCAACUUAUUUGAAUGAUGUUGUUCAACGUUUAAACAAAUAAAAAGGUUCAAAUAUAGAUAAACUAACUGUGUCAUAAUUUAUUUGAUAAUAGAUCUUCACAAUGUAUUUGUUAAUAAUUUUUUUUUACUGCUUAAUCUUGUCUCAAAUUGUGUAGCUUUAAGCAGAAAAUGUUAUAAUUGUUCGAAUUUUGUAUGGAUUUAAAUGUGGUCAUUGUACAUUUGACAUUUUGUGAACUUUUAUUUGUAUCAUGUGUCAUAAUAUUUUAUUCAUUGUCAUCAUAGUGUGUUAUAAAUUUUGUACAUAUACAUUUUUUUGCUGGCAUACAUUUUUCAUAUCAACAAGACAUAAUUUGUCAUCACAGAAAAGUCAUUUAUGACUUAGAGAUAAGGUUAAGCAUGCAGAUAUUAGAUGAUAAUCAAUAAUGCUAUCUAUUUGGUGAUAGUGCUCAAGACCACAUAUUUGAUUAUGUUUAUUGUUGAAACCAUGAUGAAUUAGAUACAAUUCUAUCAAGUUUUAAUUGUGGUGUACAGUGUUUCAUUUUUAUGCUCCCCGAAAUAAAAUUUCCGCGGAGCAUAUAUUACCAGUUCCUUCCUUCCUUCCUUCCUUCCUUCCUUCCUUCCUUCCUUCCUUCCUUCCUUCCUUCCUUCCUUCCUUCUUUCCUUCCUUCCUUCCUUCCUUCCUUCCUUCCUUCCUUCCUUCCUUCCUUCCUUCCUUCCUUCCUUCCGUCUCACUUUUGUUACCUUUUUUCAUAGCGCCUUCAAUACUUUACCGAUCUCUUUCAUAUUUGGCAUGUAGGUACCUUGCAUGGACCUCUACCUUUUGAUGAGGUUUGAGGUCACUGGGUUCAAGGUCAAGGUCACCAAGGCUAAUAAUAGAUUUUCCGUCACGCUUUUGUUACAGUUUCUCAUAGGGCCUUCACUACUUUACCGAUCUCUUUCAUAUUUGGCAUGUAGUUACCUUGCAACGACCUCUACCUUUUGAUGAGGUUUGAGGUCACUGGGUUCAAGGUCAAGGUCACAAAGACUAAUAAUAUAUUUUUUUAGGUGGUUAUUAACACAUCGAUUGACAAAGCGCAUCAUCGGGGAGCAUCCAUCGUUUCCAACGAUACUUGUUUUUGCUGAUUUUAUUUGUUCAAAAUGAUUCUUUUUAAUACAACGUAUAUAUUGAACAUGAUUAUAAAUAUAUACUUAUGCUAAGUUUUACCACACUUAAACAUCAUUAAUUUAAAACUUGAAGUUAUUUGUUAAACCAUAGUUACUUCAGAAACUGCACAUGCUUUGUAUUUAUAAAAGCAAUGUGUUGUUAGUAUAAUAUGUUUUUACUGUAUUGACUUUAUAUUUGAGUUUAUUUUAAACUUCUGUUUUUGUAAUAUUUACAUUUAUAUUUACACCAUCAGUGUUGUGAACAAACAUUUUAUACUAUUUUACAAUGGAAAUUUUUUUGUGUGUCCAUUUUGAUUAAGAAUGAACAAACAUCCAUACAUAAUAAGAUUUGUUUAUGUUGUUAAACUGAAUAUUAUGUACACAAAAUGUAAUUGUUUUAUUAGGAGAAAUAUGAUCUUCAGCUAACCAAACAAACUUAUCAUAAAAUAUACUUCUCUUCGGUAAUAUUAUUUGUGUAAAACACAAACAUGAAUUAGCUUAAAACAAAUAAAACAAAACUUGUAUUAAUUAGUAUAUUGACCUAUUUAUUUGAAUUACAUUCUUGGUUGUAUUUAUUUUGCUUACAUAGUGUGUGACAUGAUUUAAAGAGAUAAAUACGAGUAACAAACAAGCUUCAAUACUUGUCAAAACACAUUCAGGUAAAGAAUGUUUUAAUCAUUUUCAAGAAAUGAUGAAAAUGUAUAUCAUUUCUAUUGAUUUAAUAGGAACCGUUAAUUUUUUUAUUACAUUUAUUGCUUUAGAUGACUGAUUUUAAAUGUUUAAAUAUUUCAUGGUCAAUAAUAAUUGGAUGUUUAUCAAGUGUGAUAUAUUUUGAAGCCGUAAUAUUUAGCAACACUGAUACAACUGUAUAUUAUUUUCGUUUAUUUAAAUAUGCCAACAAUUGUAAUUAUUAUUAUUGUAAUUGCUAGUACAGUAAGUACAUUUCAAAUUUAAUGGCAGCAUAAUGCACAUAUUCUUGUGUUGUGAAUGUUAAAGAUUUUUAGACACAUGUCCGGGUUUAUGCAUGCAAUUUUGUCCAGAUUGCAGUUAACAAUCGUAUUUAUCCAGCUGGAAACUUGAGAAAUUUGACAUCGACUUUCUAUAGUGGUAUUUUCAUAUUCAUUCACAUAUUCACUGUAUCCUCAACAUUUAUAAGUAUGUAUCGAGAAAACAAACACAAUUAAAUUCUUUACACUUGUUUAUUUUACAGGAUUUUAACUUGGUAUUCAAAUGGCAUUGAUUUGUGAAAUUACAGCCGUCCUAAAAGUUAUCUUUCAAAAUGAUUUAUGACUUGUAUUAAUGUUUUAGAUUUUUAUGUUAUUAAUUUUUAGCGAGGCUGUUUUCGGAGAAAACCCGAGGUAUUGUCAUAGCCUGCUCGUCGUCCGCCGUCUUGCUAAAACCUUUACAUUGGCCCUAAAAUCAAAGUGCCUCCUACAAUUUUGAAACUUCAUAUGUAGAUGCACCUUGAUGAGUUCUACACGCCACACCCAUUUUGGGUCACUAGGUCAAAAGUCAAGGUCACUGUGACCUCUAAAAUAAGCACACAAAAAACUUCUGACAAGCUUUCACAGCCUAGCUUGGCACCUGUUAUGCGGUGCUCUUGUCAUGUAAUUGCGGUUAACAUUGCUGGUUACGUUGUUGUGUUUAACACAUACAUACAAGUUGUGUGCCUAUGUAAUUUGCAACAUAACAGUAUAUUCCGUUGUAAACAAUGUUUAUUUACCUAUAGUCCUAUACACACAACGAAUAGAUAAGAAAGGUUACGAGUGAUUCCGAAAUUGGUAAUACGUCAUACCUAAGAGGUUUCAAUACAGAUUUCACUACUUCUUGCCACAUUUUUUACACGGGACACUCAUUCGGGAAAGGGGAAUUUUGAUUUUCAGAUGGCGGUUAUUGCAUGGGUUUUAUGUGACCAGUUCUCAGAUCAGAGGUCCUUGUUCAAAUACAUUUCUUGAAUAAUAAUAAUUAUGCAGGGAUCUCUAGUCAUUCAAGAAUUGUAUAACAUUUGCAUGUAAUAACGUAACAAACUUCCACGACCUCCCAGUUUAUACAUCUACUCUCCAACAUUUUCCAAAGUUCAACCAUCCACUUUUUCUGCAAUUUUCGUUCGAGAAAGUUCUCAUGCAAUACAUGUCGUCAGUUGGCUCAUGCAAAUUGAAAAUUUUAGCUUUCCGUUUCCAAAGCAUGCAUGAAGCUGCGUCUUCGUAUCAACAUACUUUUGUAUCAACUUCAUCAAUCUUUUGUUGAGUAUUUAUGUAUUACUUGUGUGCUUUUCAAUCAAGUGAUGAGGGCUAAAAUAUUCGUAACUGUGUACAUCCUAUGAACAAAGUACAUGUACAUGUAAUUGUCAAAAUAAAAUACGAUAAUAUGGC